AUGGAGCUUCAACCAUUAAACACACAAGGUGAAGGCUCUUCUCCUUACUUUCCACUAGUUUCUUCUUCCAGCCUAUCCUCUAUCAUUUUUUUCUCCUGAGCAAAGCAAAUUUUUUCAAUAGGCAAGAAAAACAAAUUAACCCCAGAAGAUGUAUACCCAUUACCAGACGAACACUCGUCUCAAAACGAGACCUUAACUUCUUAUUUAUCUCGCUAUUCAUUAUACAAAUCACUGCUUUUUUCUAAUAUCAAACUUAUAUCCAAGGCGAUUAUGCUUGGGAAUCUCGUUUCUCUUUUUGAUUUCUCUUCACCUCUUUUUAUUCAAUUUUUGCUUUCUUACUUACAAACUCAAGAAAAGUUCUUGUCAAUUGGAAUUCUGCUGGCUAUAAGUUUCACAAUUGUUACCCUAACAACCCAAGUUUUAAAAGGCCAGUUUUUAUGGACAAAUCAGCUAGUCGAAAUCAAAAUAAAAAGUUCCCUAUCAAAUGCCAUUUUUUGCAAAGUGCUAAAAGUUGCUAGAAUUCCUGAAGGCACAGGAGUGAAUAUUCUGCAAGUCGACGUCAAAAAAGUUUGUGAUGGCUUCAAAGAUUUAAGCCUCUUUAUAUCAACCCCCUUACAGGCAGGUUUAUCAAUGUAUUUGAUAUAUUAUCAAGUAGGAAAUGCGGUAUAUGCAGCUUUAGCAACACUAACUAUUUGCCUAAGCCUAAAUACAGUCAUUACGAGAGCUGUUGGGAAAUUUUCAGGCAGAAUUAUGAGUGUAAGGGACAGACGCGUUGAAGCGACAACUCAGAUGCUCGCAAGUAUAAAAAUGAUUAAGGCUUAUGUGUGGGAAAAGUUUUUUAAAAAGAAAAUUGAGGAUGCAAGGGUGAGGGAACUGUCACUUUUGAGGAAAUUGCAGAUAUUGCAAGGAACUACAUAUUUUUUCUUUUGGAUAGUCCCCAGUAUAACUGCAGCUGCAGUGUUUAUGUAUUACACAUUAGUGAUGGAAAAGUCUUUGGAUCCUGGAACUGCUUUUGUCACUUUAUCAACCUUAUUGAUACUGCAGGACUCUCUGCAGGAGAUUCCUUGGCUUGUGUCAGAAGUUAUGAUGUGCAUUGUAAGCUGCAGAAGAAUGCAAGGACUAAUCGAUUUGCCUGAUUUAGAAGGACUGCCAAGCUCAGAUACAGUUGAUUUAAAAGAAUGCACGCUUGCGUAUGGAGACAAAAGUGUUUUAAAUAGAAUUAGCUUGAAGGUGAAUAAAGGAGAAUUUAUUGCAGUAGUCGGAACUGUUGGGAGUGGAAAAUCAUCGUUAUUAAAUGGAAUUAUGGGGGAACUUAAGGUAAAGGAAGGGGUUAUAAAGGUAACUGAUAGUAUUGCAUAUGCCCCGUCCUUAGAUUCAUGGCUGCAAAAUGACUCCUUAAGAAACAAUAUUUUGUUUGGAAAGCCUUACAAUGAGGCUUGGUAUUUAAAAGUCGUUGACGCCUGCUGCCUAAUCCAAGACAUAAAUUCUCUGCCAAAUAAAGAUUUAACUGAAAUUGGGGAAAGAGGGAUAAAUCUCAGUGGAGGCCAAAAAGCAAGAAUUUGCCUUGCAAGAGCUGUUUAUGCAGACAAAGACAUUUAUUUAUUAGACGACCCUUUAAGCUCAGUAGAUACUUUUGUUGCAACUCACAUCAUGAAUAAAUGCUUUUUAAAUGUAUUAUCUCAAAAAACGAGGAUUUUAGUUACACACCGCCUAAACAUUUUAAAUAAAGUUGACCGUGUCAUUGUGCUUCAAAAUGGCUCGAUCAUAGAAAAUUCAUCCCCCGACUCCUUGCAGAUAACCCAAGACAUUGAAGACCACAAGUCUUCUGAAAUCGAAGAAAUGCAUUCUACACAUACAAAACUUAUAGAAGACGAAGACAAAGAAUCAGGAAAGGUCAAUAUAAAAAUUUUGAAAGACUAUUUUGGCUACUCACUCCUCUGAGUGAACAAAAGCUUUUUAAUAGAAUUUUUUUUUUAUAAAAAAUUUUGAUAUAUAAGUGAUAAUUAGUAUAAUGAAAUCUCAAGCUAAUUCUGUUUAGUUUUAAACAAAUUGCGUUUUGAAACAUAAAUUUUUAUAAAUUAAACUAAUAUUUGCUUUCCAAUUUUUGCAAAUUAGGAUUUUUUAAAAUUCGAAAAAUAUUUUUUUUUAUAUAAAUUUUUUUAAAAAAAACAUUAAACCCUUCUGUGAGCGAAAAAAGAUUUUUUUGUUCGCUCACAGAGGGGGGAGUCAGGAGGAUAUUUAAUGAUCUCAAUUGCAUUUUUAGCAAUGGGCCUUUGGGCGGCCACCAGAAUGAUAGCAGAUAUUAUAUUAAAAGAAUGGAGCACUGACCCAGAUGGCACAGAAACUUAUCUACUUUUAUAUAUACUAUUCAGAGUUGGUGGCACUAUUUUUGCUUUUAUCAGAGCUGUUUUAACAAUGGCAGUAGUUGGGAACAGAGCAUCAAGAUUCAUCCACAACCAAAUGAUAAAAUAAUUCAUAAAUAAAAUGACAUUCGGUUCGCUAAUUUUCUCUCCCUCAAGCAAUUUUAUUUAUGGGGUUAGGUUUUACCUAGAGAGAACUUCUGCACAGCAACAGCGGUUUAACUCUGGGGAUAACCAGAGGAACUGCUCCUCAGUGCACUCAAGAGGUUCAGGUCUUUACCUUCAGCACACCCGAGGAAGGUGACCCUAGGUAGAACACUCGGAGAAGCUGAACCGAAUAAAGCGUGGCAGCAGCGAAGCCCGUCGAAGCCGUAUUUGCCAGCCCUGGCGAAUCAAAAUGAAUCUAUCCAGGGGUCCAUACCCGGCACGUGGACAAAUAUGGUGGCAACUCUGGACAAGGCUAACCCUAGUGGACGUAAAACGUAUAUAUAACUUAAGACUAAGAUAAAAUCAUUCAUUAGAGCCCCUGUCAAUUUAUUCUACGACGUAACACCAUUAGGCAGGAUUCUAAAUAGGCUUAAUAAAGACCUCAACUCUAUAGAUGAACUGGUCCCUAGGGCUACAGCUAGCAUCAUUGCACAGAUUUGGCAAGUUUUAUCUAUGGUGUUUCUGGCUUUAAUAUAUUUCCCAAUACUAAUUAUGAUUUUACCUUUUUGGGUAUAUUACUCAUUACAGAUAAAAGACUUGUAUUUAGGAGCAGCAAGAGAACUGACAAGGCUUGAAGCGAUUUCGAAUUCUCCGAUUUUAAAUAAUUUUGAAGAAACCUUGUCUGGUGCCAAAAUCAUAAGGACUUUUAGACAGACUCAAAAUUUCCAUAUAAAAAAUUGUAGGCUUAUUGACAUAAAUUCACGAUUAUUAUAUUCAAUGUCUGCUUGCAGAUGCUGACUGGUUGUAAAUUUAGGGCUGCUAAGCUCAGGUGUGCUGUGCUUUAUGUUUGCCUUAAUUGUAGUGUUUAGGAACAAUAUUUCUUUAGGUGCUGUUGGGCUUUCGUUAGCUUAUGUAGUACCUUUGCCGAUUAAUAUAUAUUAUUUAGUUAUUGAUUGGGCGAACUUAGAAAACCAAUUGAUUUCAGUUGAAAGGGCUAAAGUAUAUAUGGGCAUCACAAGUGAAAAUCCGCAUAAGCAAGCCACGGAUAAAAACCUAGGAAACUGGCCUCAAUUCCCAUCAAUUGAGUUUAAAAAUGUCCAAAUGAAAUAUAGAUCUAACACCCCAAUUAUUUUAAAAGGGGUCAAUUUUUCUAUUGAAGCUGGAAAAAGGGUCGGAUUAGUUGGCAGAACUGGCAGCGGAAAGUCUUCUAUUUAUUUAUGUUUACUCAGACUAGUAGAAAUCAGCUCAGGGUCAAUUUUAAUUGAUGGGGUGAAUAUUGCAAUGAUUGGGCUGAAUAAGUUAAGGUCUGCAAUCACUCUUGUCCCUCAAGAUCCUUUAGUGUUUUCAGGGGAUUUAAAGGAUAAUUUGGAUCCUUGCCAACUAAAAAGCAAUGGUGAAGUAGAAAAUGCACUAAAAGAAGUAAAUUUGACCAGGUUUUCUAUAGAUUAUGAAAUAAAAGGAGACGGCUCAAACAUAUCAGCAGGCGAGAGGCAGCUUAUUAGCUUAGGAAGAGCGAUGCUGACUCAUACAAAAAUUAUUUUAUUUGAUGAAGCCACAGCAGGGAUUGACCAAAAUACUGAUCAUCAAAUCCAAGAAUUAAUUAAAAAUAAAUUCCAAGGAUGCACAAUCUUGACGAUUGCACACAGACUAGGGACAGUAAUGGAAAGCGAUCAAAUUAUUGUGAUGCAAGAUGGAAAGGUAUCAGAAGCUGGAAAUCCUAAAGUGCUCUUAUCAAAAGACUCUAUAUUUAAAAGCUUAAAGGAUAACUUUAAUUAA